AGACCUCUCCCGUGUCGCGUGAGGGACGCACGUCCUUACUGCGGUUAACGGAACACCGGCGUAUCCGCGUUCGAAUUUCAAUUUUAUCGUAAGCGGUAUUUUUUUUAAAGUGUUAGUGUUUUGUGGCGGUAAAAAAUAUUGACAUUCAAAUUUGGAAUAACGCUGCGCUGAAAUUUGAUUCCAAUUACGAACCGUUAUCUCAGUUUUCUUAUUUUAAAAUUUAAACUCGGAAACGACGCUGCACUGGCCUUUGCUCACAUACAGCUGCAUUAAGUUUUCUUUUUUAAAAUUGUAACAAAAGCCUAUUUUUUUAUUUAAUAGCUGCGGAUAUUUUUAAGUGCAGCCCGAAAAGGCUUUCGUUUUUUCUUUAAUUCCAGCACUGAACUUUAGCCUUUGAUAAUUUUGCACUUAAUAAAUUAGAAAUUGAAAAAUGCUUCGUUACUGGUUGUGUUUCGCGAGUGCAGUUUGUUUGGCGGGACAUUGUGGCGCGAAUUAUUGUCGGGACUCGAACCUAUGUUGUCCGGGACGUGACAGUUCCUGUGUUGUACAGAAGGCUCAUCAGAAUGCCAUCAUAGAAGACUUGACGGACAAGCCGUGCUACUGCGAUCACGCUUGUUUGAAGCUUGGCGACUGUUGUCCUGACUUCAGAGAGACAUGCGGAGUGAUCGACUGCGUGGUUUCAAGUUGGGGUCCGUGGUCAGAAUGCGACACGAAAUGCGGUUCCGGCAGCAUGAUGAGAAGCAGGAGGAUCUUGCAGUCUCCAGCGCGCGGAGGCAGACACUGCCCGUCGUUAGUGCAGAGACGAGCUUGCCAGGAGCACACUGGCUGCUCAGCAGACAGCAGUGUGCCUUUAAAAGCGGAGACGGCUAUGAUUUUACCCGGUGAGCUGUCAGUGAGUCGACACUCUAACGACACGGUGGACAUACGCAAGAACCUGAGGCUGCGGAACCCUGAUGACCCGGAGUCGAAUUCACAUAGAGAAUACUGCGUCCAAUUUGAAGUAACUAAAGUGUCUAAGGCGUGCCACACGGAUUCCGACUAUAAGUCGUUAAGGGAAGGUCAUACGGUAUGUGUGAUGUGCGAAACUGCAGCUUUGAGACGGGACCUGAACUGGCGUUGCGACGGUCAUGGUGUACCCGGACAGACGACCAGAUUCUUCGCCAUGGUGGCGCCUCUGUGCCACGGCAAGUGGGUGCGCUCCGAGCAGAAUCCUGAUAAACACAACGAUUGUUGCUUGAAACCUAAUUUCAUAUUUAUUUAGAGAGAGUAUUCCAAUUAAAUUUUAUGAAAAAGACUUGCUUACUUAAAUUACUGUAAUAAUUGUCCUUUAAGGAUUGAUAGUACUGAUGUAAGAACUUUAUCACUGUUUAUUAUAGGAUUGACGAUUUGUAGGAUGUGUGCUACGAUAUAUAACCUAUGACAGUGUUGGUGCAAAGCCACAAUUUCGAUAUCGAUAAAAAUUGAUUUUUAAACUAAUAACUCUAAAAUCACAAGUGUAUCUAGCGAUAUCCAUCCAUUUAGUAUCUGGAAUCAAUAAUAAUAUUUGACCUGUGAAGUCCAACUGAUACUUAAGAUCACAAUAUUAUCACUACAUUAUUGAUUGAAAUCGUAACAACACUGCUGUAAGGUUUAUUUUGGUUAGACAUAAUAAUAAAUUAACACUUCUUUUUACUCCUGUAAAAUUUCGAACAAAAUAUUUAAUAACUUUACUAGUAAUCUGUCCACGAUAUUCAUUUGAAUAAUUUGUAUUUUAUUCUACUAAUAAUACAUAGAAAUGUGUAUGUUAUUAAUAUAACGUAUUAAAUAAAAUAUAAUCAGCACCAUCUAUAAAAAUAGCAUGAUAUUACUAGUUAAACUGCUGCCAGCGUAACAAUCUUGUACAGGUAUAUUUUUCAAGCACAUGCUAUUCUUGCGAUUUGACAUUAUUUUCGCAAGCGCUGACUGACUAAAAAGUUUGUGGAGUUUUUUUUUAUUACUAAUAAUAAAUCUAUCCUAAUAAUAAGCAGGUAUAGUUUAUUGAAACUAUCUUUUUACUCUUAGACUCUGGAUGUAGCACAAAAUAACUAUUUUCUUAAAAUAAAAUAGAAGAAAUGCAAUUAAAGGAAUUUUGUAAAUAGUUGCUAAUUAUAGCGUGAAAGAAGAAAAAAAUUACGGAAACGCAAUUCAAUCUUAAUACCGAAUAAAUUUUCAUUAUAAUACAUUAAGUUUUUAAUUUUUAAGAUUAGUUUUGAUAAUAAUAGGACAAUAUCAUUAUUAGAAUAGGUACUUUCUAUGUGAAUACAUAUCCAUGUGACUUUAUGUAAAUAAUUAUGUUGAAUAAAGCAAUGAU